GCUCCUAUAAAUAACGCGUAAUUGGGGUCCUCGCACUUUUGCGUUUCGACAGGCGGUGGGGUUACGUCUCACAAUAUUACGUUGAAAUAUCUCGCACUCGCAUCCCUGUUCGCAUCCCUGUUCGCAUCCCUGGCGUCGAGUCAAUUAUGGACCUUUCCUGCAGAAGUAUCCUCAUCCUGCGGAAGUAUCCUGGUUUCCAGAAAUAUCCUAAUCUCUGAGAAUAAAACGACGGGAAACGGCUCGAAAGGAUCGUUCGUAUAUAUUAACAAGGACGCGACAGCUCGGGACAGAUUGGCCUCGAAUGAGGUGGCGUCGUUACUGAUUUAAUAGAUGUUGUAGCACGAAGAAAUAGUAAUACAAAAGAACAAAUAAAAUAAAAGCCGGAGCAAUGAUAGGGAUGACGAUGCAAAGAAUCGUGAUAUUAGUGUUGUAAGAAGAUACUACAAUUCCGCUAUUGCAUAUUAUGUGUAAAUGCAAUCUAAUAAGAGGAUCCGUUAACUUGUGAGAGAAGAUAAAGGAAAAAAUUUAAAAAUUUGAAAGGAGGAAAAAACAUAGGAAAAGCAUUGCUUGCCGGUGGAACAACUUUGUGAAUCAUCAUAGUUAUGUGGCCGAUAACUCUAUUAGUAUGCAUCAGUCGUCAAGAUAAGAUAAGUUCAAUUUGGCCCGAAGAAAGAAGAAGCAAUAUGGUACAAGGAAUAAGGAAGCAGAAUGGGUUCCAGUCAACAGUUCUCUCUUAGAUGGAACAAUUAUUUAAAACACAUUACUUGUGCUUUUGAAACAUUGAGGUCAGAUGAAGAUCUCGUGGAUGUUACUUUGAGCUGCGAAGGCAAAAAAAUCAGAGCACACAAAAUGCUAUUGUCAGCAUGUAGUACAUACUUUAGAGAUUUAUUUAAGGAAAAUCCAUGCCAGCAUCCCAUCAUAAUAUUCCGCAAUGUAAAAUUUGACGACUUGGCUGCCUUGGUAGAUUUCAUGUACCAAGGCGAAGUGAAUGUUAUUCAAGAGCAACUAGCAAGUUUUCUCACAACAGCAGAACUCUUGGCAGUACAAGGUCUUACAGACGGCACAGGAAAAGAUGACACUCUAGUAGAAGAUGACAUAGAAAUUCCCAACGAGCCUGAAGUUCAACUGCAGAACACUUCCGGUAAAUCCACGGGAGAUAACAAGAGAAAUAAGUCCCCAUCGUCUCCGAUGCCAUACCAUGCCGUUGAAUUACAACCCGAAGUGCCGCCAAAUAAAAGGAGAAAAAUUCGAGAAAAUAUGAAUGUGAACGCGGAGAAGAAUUCAGGGAUCAAUGCGAAGGAUUCCGAGAAAACGGCGGAAAAUCAGAUGGGACCGGGCUCCGAUCCGGUCGAAAUAAUUCCUCUUAUGCCGAACUUAAAGCUGGAGAUGCCGGAAUACUUGGAACAAGAUGGUAGCAGUUGUAGUUAUGAAGAUCAGAGUAUAGGCGACAAUGCACUGAAUAAGAUUGCUAUAGACGAUACGUCGUCGACUACGCCUGAUCACGAACAGAAGGUCGACAUCAGUCAAACAUUUUAUACGAGUCAAUCGGCAUCGGACGGUUUGGACAGCAAACAUCAAGAUGUUGGACAUCUACUAUCUAAACCAAGUACUUCGGGAGAGAGAGCAACACAGGAUGCGGUACAGGAACAUGCCGCGGAUGGCGACGACGACGACGGCGUCGCCGAGCUCGUCCCGGAUGACGAUUACGGUCAGUCCGGCGCUGCGGCGGACGGCCUCUUGUUUCGCUGUAGAAUUUGUUGGAAGGGUUUCAAGCACCCCAUGUCGUUGACACUGCACAAGGACUUGCACACGGGCCAGACCAGGUGCCCGAUUUGCCAGCGCAUCUUCAGUCGAAGUUACGACAUGAAGGCACACUUGCUGCGCAUCCACAAACGUCAGCACACAUUCAGUGUGUUCGACGUCCAAUCAAACUUUCAAAAGUGAUGACUCUUUCCUCCCCAGGCUUCUUUUUCGGGUUCUUCCACCGGUUUUCUUGCGAUGAUUUUACGCGAAGUUAAUCGUUACGCGGAAUAUCUCGCGGGAAGAUAAUUUAAAAAGAUUUCUUGUGUUUAUAUAGUUUAAUAUUUGUCAACAAAUAUAUUAUAAGAGGCUUACGUACUUAAAGACGAAAGUUGAAUGACCUAAAAUAUAAUUAAAUUUCAACAGAGUGCAAAUAACGGGGAUAUAUUCCCUGAAUAAUUUCAAAUUUAGAACGAGCUUAAUUUUUAAAGUAUUUGAUAUGUUCGCUGUCAAACAAAUUUCACAUCGACAAUAUAACAACUGCAUUACGAUAUCGUAAUAUACGUAGGUAACAUAUUUUAGUAUUUGAAAAUGAAAGAACAAGCGAGAUGUACCCUUUGAUGUAGUUGCUAAAUGAGAUUACGUUUAAGAAAAAAAAAAAAGAAAAAGAUAAAUUUAAUUAUGCAUUAAGUAUUUAUGUGCUAAGCUAAAAAUUAUUACAAUCAUUAUAAUCAACAGAAAUUCUAUCUUAAUAUGGGCCGAACGACAGUAUUUCAGUCUAGUUAAAUUGUACAAAAAUCUAGUUUCCAAAUUAUUACAUUAUUAUAACAUUCUAAAUUAUUAUACACAUAGUAUAAUGGUACAAAAUCGUAUGUCUGUUGUAGAAUCUCUAAAAGAAUUGGCAAUCUACCUGAGUAGAUGUCUACCUACUAGAUCCUCCUAUCUAAAUACCUACUGUCUCGAAGAC